AUGUUACAAGACAUUCUCAACGUCAGAAAAGCACUCGAUCUCUUCUUAGACUCCCGGAUCCCCGAGGCAGAAGCUAUCCUUGCGCCACACCGCAAAAAAUCGAUGUAUUAUUCACUAGGUCAUGCUUUCAUUCUCUUCCUAAAGAGCAUGAUGACCUUCCAGCAAACAGACAUCCAGACUGCUCUCGAUGCUCUCAAGGACACGGUCCAGAUUGCCAAUGGACUGCGAAGAAAGGACGGUAGCUGGCUUGCCUGGGUCAAAGGCAAUUCGGUCAAUGAUAUCAAAGACAUGUCCCGUGUACAUCGUCAUGCUGAGCUGGUGUUUGCAGAAUCUUAUCUACUCAAGGCACUGCUCAGUAUUCUCAAUGACGAAAGUUUGGUUUCAUUCUUGAGAGAAGGUCUCCAUGUGAGAAACAGCUACAACACCUACAAAAUCCUCGAAAAAUAUGUCAGUUUUGUUGACCAAGAGGCUGCAGAGGGAAAAGAUGUCUCGGCCUAUGGUCUCGAUGAUCAUUUUACAUCAGGUGUAGCCUUGGGAGUUGGCUGCUUCAAUAUCAUGCUGUCCAUGUUACCAACAUCUGUGUUGAGAGUAGUAGAAUUCAUUGGGUUCUCAAGUGACCGUGCUCAUGGGCUUUCCAUGCUAGAAUCAAUUGGAGGCUGGGAAGAUUACCGAUUACGUCGCCAGUUCUGUGAUAUGGUCUUGAUGGCCUACCACAUCAUGCUGUCCAAGGUGGUCCCAUUGUCAGACGCCGAUCCCGAAAUUGCCUCCAAGGUCUUGGCCUAUAACUUGGGACUCUAUCCUUCAGGUGUCUUCUUUUUGUUUUUUUCAGGGCGCCAACUCUCAUCCCUUGGCCAAUUCGAGGAUGCUAAAGAUCAGUACAGACGGGCAAUUGAUACUCAAAAGGACUGGAAACAGCUGCAACACAUGUGCUUUUGGGAACUAGGAUUGCUACAUCUAAUGCAACACCAGUGGCAGGAAGGUGCCAAAGUGUAUGCGAUGCUGACCAUUGAGAGCAACUGGUCCAAAGCCGUCUACACAUACCUCGAGGCCACUGCUCUUCACCUCUAUACCCAAAGCCAGUCUCGUUCAGAUCCCGUUAUUGUCAAGAAGGUUGCAACCAUGAUGCGUUCUGUCGACGGAGCCAAGCAAAAGAUUGCCGGAAAAUCUAUUCCACUUGAGAAAUUUGUUGCUAGGAAAUCUCGCAAGUUCAUUAGCCAGGACAACUAUUUGGUAUUGCCCGACUUAGAGCUACUGUCUGCUCUCGGAACUCUAGAGUUCAUGCCAAGUGAAGUACUGCGGUCAAACAUCAACCGAAUCAACAGACUUCUCGAGACUCUUCAGUCCACGCGAGAUGAUGAUAUUUGCCUGGCACACUACUUGCGUGCCCAAUUGACACGACUUUUGAUCGACCGUAGUCCCCAAGCUUCCCGUAAAGUGCUCGAACAGAACCACAAGGUGUCGAUUGAUACAGUGAUGGCACAUGCUCCACGAGUAACACUCGACCACUACAUUUAUUAUUUUACACACUAUGAGAAUGCGCGCAUGAUGAUUUCCAAACAACUUUACACAGAAGCAGAGACAGAGAUCCAGACCACAUCCCGCGCAAAGAGCAAGUAUAGUCUUGAAAGCGUAUUACUGUUCAAAUGUCACAAUUGUCUA